AUGAAAGAAUUAUCAUUAUUCGACAAUGAAGAAAAUCUAACUUACACUCUCGAAGUUUCUGAUGAUGAAUUUGACAAAAUUAUUAAUGAAAAUGAUUUAGCUUUGGCGACCACACUUUUGGAGAAACAUAAGGAGAAAACAAAUCUAUUAGCUGCUUUCAAGAUAGUUUUGUCCAAAAACUCGCCUAACAAUACUACGUGUCCUAAUAAAGAGCUAGAUCAGGCCGAGGAUCAGGCUUCAUCCUCACAUGUGGUUGAAGAUUUGAAUGAUGAAGUUUUUCACAAUAAUAAUAAUGAUGUGGCUUCAACUGAAACUUUAAAAGAAAGUAGACCGUGGACAUUCGAGUCAACAAAAUAUUUAAUACAGUUGUGUGAGAAAUAUGACGAGGACUUUCAAAGAGGAGUUAAAAGAUUUGUCUGGAAUAAGGUUUCUAGAGAACUUGAAGAAAAAUUUAAUCAAAAAUAUUCACCACAGCAAUGUGAUACAAAAUUUAAAGGAUUGAAAAACAUGUACAAACAGGUAAAGAAGCAUAAUGAGCAGUCUGGAAAGAGCUUUAAAGCGUGGGAAUAUUUUAAACUAAUGCAUAAGCUGUUGUACUCGAAACCCGAGAUAAACGCAAUAGCUACAUGUUCCAGCAAAAGUGGCCUGAUUAUAAAUCGAACGCCACAAACUCCUACUUCUGAUGAGAUUGAUGAAAGAUUAGAUACAGAGGAACCUAUUCCAUCAGGAAGCAAAACCACACCCACAUAUAAAUCUUCCUUUAUGCGUAAAAGAAAAAAUAUAGAAAACGCUGUCGAAAGAAGACAUAAGGAGAAAUUGGAAAGACAAGAUAGAUAUUUGGCUAUAUUGGACAGGUUGGCAACAGCAGUUGAGAACAGUACAUCAAAUGACCCGAACAAGCAAACGUAUUUAAACCAUGUCUGGAAAAAGACCAAGAACUGA